UGUGAAAAAGAAAAUUCAAGGACCAAAAAACACAUUGUAACGGAUAACAAGAAUGGAGUAAGAGGAGCAGCAGGGGAAGAAACUAGAAAGGAGGAAGAAUGACGAGCGGCGUGUCACCGCAACUGCAAAUGAGGUUGAAAUCCUCUUUCAUUGGAGAUCGAUUCUUACGGAGUUCAAGAAACCAACCACUUCCUCAACUAUUCCGUUUCAACCCUGGAAACAAGCAUGUUUCGAUGCAGUUAUCUCGAACGCUUUCUGGCCUGACCAAUCUCUUUUUCAAUAGAAGAAAUGUGGAUGAAGUGCCUAACAGCAGUCGUAAACGACUGAGGCCUGGAAAAGUUUCUCCACGGCGACAGGUGCCGAAGCAUAUACCGAGGCCUCCUUAUGUGAAUUCUAUGAUUCCUGCAGGGCUUGUGAGUGGACCUCAAGUGCAUGACAAGAAAGGAAUAGAAUGCAUGAGAGCUUCUGGAAGGCUUGCAGCUCAGGUUCUUCAAUAUGCUGGCACCCUAGUCAAGCCAGGCAUAACAACGGAUGAAAUUGACGAAGCAGUUCACCAAAUGAUAGUUGACAAUGGUGCAUACCCAUCUCCUCUUGGCUAUGGUAGUUUUCCAAAGAGUGUCUGCACAUCUGUAAAUGAAUGCAUCUGUCAUGGAAUACCAGAUUCCCGCCCCCUUGAGGAUGGUGAUAUAAUCAACAUUGAUGUUACUGUUUAUCUAAAUGGCUAUCACGGGGACACAUCAGCAACUUUCUAUUGUGGAAGUGUUGAUGAUGAGGCUAAGAAACUAGUUCAGAUAACUAAAGAAUGCUUAGAUAAAGCAAUAUCAAUAUGUGCACCGGGAGUGGAAUUCAAGACAAUUGGCAAGACAAUUCAUGAUCAUGCAGAUAAAUAUCGUUAUGGUGUUGUCAGAGAGUUUGUUGGCCAUGGAGUUGGACGUGUUUUUCAUGCCGAUCCAGUUGUUCUUCAUUUUAGAAACAAUGAAAGUGGACGAAUGGUGCUGAAUCAAACGUUUACAAUUGAACCAAUGCUGACUAUUGGCAGCAUCAAUCCUGUGAAGUGGAAUGACGACUGGACAGUCGUAACGGCAGAUGGAAGCCUUUCAGCACAGUUUGAGCACACCAUUCUCAUUACCCCUGACGGGGCUGAGAUUAUGACUCAAUGCUGACAGAUACAACAUUUUAUAAUUCUGGAUAAACCACAUGGAGAAACUUCAUUAUUUAGAUGCAAUUGAUUUAAUUCCUUCUAGUCCCAGAUCAAUUCUUUUUUGCUGGAACUUACCAGGGAUGGUGACGAGGAGAGGAACCACUUUCAUUUAGUGAAAUGAGAUGGUGGUGCUCUUGGAAAAGCUUAUACAAAAUGGAUUGUUCAGUGGCUGUAGGUCUAGAUGCUAGGGUUUCAUGGGUUAUGUGCAGGCAAGAAGAUAAACUAUUAAAAGAUCCUUGUUGAAAUGAGGCCAGCAUGCAUAAAGCAGCUGGCAGAGGUUCACACGAAUCUCGACAAUCACCAGUUGAGAGUGGGUUUGGUUGAGCCAAAUUUGGUUUGACGACUUUAAGAAAAGCUUAAUGAUAAUGAGGUUAACAAGCUAUUAAAUUCUGUAA